GAUGCGACACGUGUAAGUCAAGUAUAGGCAUCGGACAACUUCGGAUAGAGAGCGAUAACGCGGGCGCACGAACAUAGGAAAUGGAAGACUUGGACAUGCCAAUUGCGCUUCGGCGCACACCACGCAAUUGUGUCGCCAACCCAUCUUCUAAUAGUGCUGCUGCUGCUGCUUCUUCAUCGCUUCGACAGCGCGUUGUCUCCGCGCCAUUACCAGCCAUCCUAAAAACUCCAAGCAAGCCGCGCCCUAAGAAGCGCGUGCGAUUCUCUGAUCCAGGGCCAGAUCUCACAGCCACAGAUGAUGCGCUAUGCUCGACAGGCUUAACGCCCAUGGUCAAGCGGUCAUCGCUCAGCGAGCCGUCUCCCAAGCGCCGGCGAGCGUCUACAGGGGACAAGGAGGUCACAACUCCGAAAAGAAAUAGCAGCACAAAGGCGCGCGCGCGCAAGCGCGACAACGAGGAAAAAGUCUCAGCCGAGAUACAGCGCUUGCGUGCCGAACUCGCCAAUCGCGAUGCUGAGAUCGAGCGUCUGCACAAUGAGACGCUGGUACAAGAUACAGAGCGCAUCCUGGAGCUCGAGCAGCAAGUUGAGACUUUGCGCUCGGAGUUAGCGCAGCAACAACUCCCGCCACUUCCCCAAGACGAGGAAGAUUACAAUCUCUUUGACGGCGGUAAUGAAUACGAUCUGCCGUCUCAGAGUUUCUAUGACUGGACAAUGGCACCUCACGAUCCCUUCUCAGAUAGCUGUCUAGAUGAAGACAGCAACUUCACGCCAAUGGAGAUAGUGUGCAGCACGCCCUCGCAAAGACGGGAGAAAGCAGGGCCGUCCAAGGGUUUAUCGGCGCCGUACAUAACGCCACCUUGUACGAGCCCAACUCUACCGGCUACACCAUGUUCGGCUCGCAGGACAGCGCCAGCAAUGCCUGCGACGCCGCAGUCGCACAGUGGCAUCCAGGCAUCUCUGCCCGAUCCCGAAAAGGAAGCUUUAGAAUUAGAACUGACGUCUCUACGGCUUGAAUUAACCAAGUUAACAGAGACGCUGGAUACACACGCCGCGCUACAAAUUCGUCUAUCAGAAAAGCUUUCCACAGUCUCUGCGCCAUCCCUUGCAGCCGAAAAUAGCGGCGAUGAUCAAUCAGAGCUAGAAGCGCGUCUAGACUCCGCAAUCCAGGCCCUUUCGGAGCGCACGGCAUCCCUCUCCGAACUCAGCGCCUCUCUCACAAACCUGGGAUUCGGCGGCUCAGACCCGCGCGAAAUCGUGUCCGAAAUCGCCGCCGGGUUCCGUGAGACGCGUCUCGAGCUAGAAUACAUCACGCCCGGCGAGAUCACACUCCCGCUAAACUCGCACGCGGCGGAAGUUCUAGACCUCGUAUUAACGCGUCUGCGGGAUCUCGCGCGCAAAUCUCACGCUGACGACGAGACCAUCGACGAGUACCACGCCAUCGAGCUGUCGCUCCGGCAACAGCUCAGCGCGCGGUUCGACGCGAUGAAGUCGUUACGCGAGGAAGCCAAGAAGAACGCUACCACGCUCCGCGAGCGCGACGCGCGGAUCGCCGAGCUCGAGAUCGGACUCGAUCGAUUGAAGGGGGCGGCAGAGGGUUACAGACGGGAUAUCGCCGAGUUAGAAACCCUCGUGCAACGACUCGAAGGGGAGAGCGAAUCGUCCUCGGCGAAACUCAACGCGGAUCUCGUGCGCGCCGAAACAGCGCUCUCCGAGCGCGGCGCGCUCAUCGCGGAUCUAGAGAGCAAACUGUCGACCACAGUAGCCCAAGCAGCGGACCUAGAGACGAAACUGAAAGAUCUCCAGCGCCGGAAAGAAGCCGAGGCGAAAGUGCGGAAUAAGUCGUAUUCCUCGGCGCUUGCCCUGCGCGAUGCAAGGGUAUUAGAGCUGCGGCGCGAGAUAUACGAUGUGAAUCACUCGUUGCGGACUGCGCAUGAGAUCAUUGUGAAACUGCGCGUUGAGAACGCCGGCUUGACGCGCAGGGCGGAAGAGGCGGAGGAAGGGACGAGGUUGGCGCGGCAGGCCGUGGAGACGAUGAAGGCCGAGCUUGAGAAAGCUACGGCUGCGGCACCGCCGUCGCGACGGCGGACGAGAUCGAGCACGGCGAAGGAGCUCGCGACGCCACGGGCUGGAUCGUCUUCUGUGAAUGGCAAAGGUAGGAGGAAGCGGAAGUGCGAUAGUGGGUUGGGGCUUUUGGAUGAAGACGAGGAUGAGCUCGAUGUUCUCGUGUGAGACGACUUUCUCUUUUGUGGUGUACCAAGAUAUCUUACCUAUGUCACCAUCACUCUCUGCCCUCGGGGUUAUUUCCUUUGUUCGGUGUAUCAUUAGAGUCGGCGUUGGUUCAAAUGAUGCUGUUUCGUUGCGGCAGCUGGUGUUCAUCGUGGUCAUCAUCCACCUCGGAAGCUAUAUCUAGCUCCAUCUA